AUGAUCAGAUGGACUGCUGGAAGGAGUAAGGCUGCCUUUGCCUCGUUUUGCUCCUGGUCUGGCUCAGGAGCUCGUUCUGGCUCUGGGGCCAGCUUCAGGUCACCAACACUGCUUUCCUCCCCGUCUUUCCCCUUCCUGCUCACGCUUGUGGUUUUCUCCCUGUCCCUACCUGAGGCCACCUGCCAUCAGCCCCGCAGAGACAGACUGAGGCCUGCUAACCUGCAAACACUUGAGGCUCCACUGAACCUUUCAAGGUCUGAGCUGAUCUCCAGACCAAGGGCCACCAGGGGCCCCCAAUAUCGGGCCGGAGGACCACAGGGCAGGCAUGUGCGCAGCUACAACCAUCUACAGGGAGACAUACGGAGAAGAAAGCUUUUCUCUUUCCAAAAGUUUUUCCUGAGGAUUGAUAAAAAUGGACAAGUCAAUGGAACCAAGAGCAAGGAUGACCCCCUCAGUAUUCUGGAAAUCACAUCAGUGGAAGUGGGAGUGGUGGCCAUUAAAGGGCUGAACAGCAACUACUAUCUGGCGAUCAGCAGGAAAGGAGAGCUGUACGGAGCGAGGGAGUUUGGCGUCGACUGCAAACUGAAGGAGCGGAUCGAGGAGAACGGCUACAACACGUACGCGUCCGCCGAGUGGAAGAACAAGAAGCGGCAGAUGUUUAUGGGUCUGAACGUCCACGGCAGGCCGAUGAGAGGAAAGAAAACCCGCAGGAAGAACACCGCCACCCACUUCCUCCCAAUUAUGGUGUGAACUGGAGAGCCCACCUGGAGUGGGAGCAGCCACCUACAGCACUGGACAGAGAGGAUUUCAACACUUCAAGAAAAAAACAUGAAUUAGGAAAUCUCUCAUUUUGGAAACAAAAUAU